AUGCAAUACCUCGCCUUGACAUCUCUACUAUCUCUGGUCUUCAGUGCACCCCUCGCGCACGCAGCCGUAAACGGUGCGUGCUCCGUCAACGGCACGCCUGGUGUCUGCCUCGCAAGUGCGUCGUGCACAGGUAGCGGUGGGACGACACACGUCGGCUUCUGCCCCAACGACCCCGCCGACAUCAAGUGCUGCACGAAGACCGCGUGCGGUUCUGGGGGCAACUGCCGUUUCACGAGUUCUUGUUCGACUGGGAACAUUGCUUCUGGUAUGUUCUUCGCCGACAUUGUAGACAGUUACUUGAACGCUGACGGGAAUAUCGUAGGCCUCUGCCCAGGUCCUACCGACUUCAAAUGCUGCCUCCCUGCAAGCACCGGAGGAGGUGCUUGCCCGCCCGCGAUCAACAGCGCGACAGUCAGCUUGAUCAAGGAAUUCGAAGGCUUCGUCGCCCGACCUGCACCUGACCCCAUCGGCCUCCCCACCGUCGGCUACGGCCACCUCUGCCAAACAACUAGUUGCAGUGAAGCCGGGGCGUUCCCGCUCACCGAAGCCCGCGCAACCACGCUCCUCCUUUCAGACAGCCGCGUCGCCACCAGCUGCCUCAACACGGCCAUCAGCCGAAACGUCCGCCUAAAUGCCAAUCAAUUCGGGGCAUUGACGUCGUGGACGUUCAAUGUGGGUUGUGGGAAUAUGCGGUCGUCGUCCUUGCUCAGCAGGUUGAAUGCGGGAGAGGCGCCGAAUACGGUCGCCGCACAAGAGCUGCCGAAGUGGAACAAGGCAGGCGGACAGGUCCUUGCGGGGCUCACGAGACGGAGAGCGGCGGAGGUUGUCCUCUUCCAGACGGCUUCGAGCGUUAUCGCCCAUCCCUGUUAA